AUGGAAUCGUUUGUGCCGGUAGUGAACCAAAUGUUGGCGGAGUUUCAUUCGCUUCUUCGCCGGUCGCCGAUUCCCGUAAUGUCUCAACGAUUGUCGCAACUGUUGGCCAUUAAUAUGUUUGCAGUAUUUCACACAUCACUCAAAGACACAACGUUUGGCCAGAAUUGCCGUUCCCUUCUUCAGGAACAGGCCAUUCAAGUGACGCUCGCAAUGAUGUCGUUAAUACUCGAGUGCGCCAUAAACUCAUUGAAAGCGCAGACACAGUCGGAGACCAGUCGGGACACCAUUGGCGACGAUUUGGCCGAAUUGUUGCCUACCAUUAAGCUAUGGACCGAUUGGAUGUCCUGCCAGAAGCAGCUCUGGUGUCCACCGCCGCCGUCCUCUGACUUUAAGAUCGAGUAA